AGAUCACAUCGCAGCUCACAGAUAAAGACGCGACCCGCUUCAAACAGCAGUAGAGCUCUGCCUGCAUCUAUGUAGAACUGUUGGUCUUUAGAAUGUUGCAGCGUUUUAGUCUCGUCAUAUUGGCACUAGCCGUCGGUACAUCUGUCAAGGCCGAUGAAUGCAGUCCAGAACAGUGUGUAAUAACAAAACAUUACAAUGAGUUAGGAUGUACACCAGUAUUUGAAGAAGGUUCUUGCUGCCCCAACAGAUUUGACUGCAGCUCACUAUUUGGCCGAGAUUCUCGAAAGUGUUAUUAUAAAGGAGUAGCAUAUGAUGUACACACUGAACUGCAUCCAGAUGCAACAAACCGUUGCACAGUGGGUUGUCGAUGCAAUGAUCAAGGUAGCCGAUCACAGUUGACAUGUGUGAAUAUUGAAUGCCCUGAGCUGUUCCAAGGACCUCUGUUUAAUUCUGAUUGUUUCCAUCAGUACACAUUGGACCGUUGCUGUUCCACAAACACCUAUUGUAGACCAAACAACACUGAAAAUCUUCAGAUUCCCCCACUGCAUGAAUGUCAGUAUGGUGGCACAACAUACAGGGAAGGUCAAAUGAUCUAUCCAGAAGAUGCACCUUGUAAGCAGUGUAUCUGUCAGAGGGGAUUUAAUGAAACAUUGGCUGGACCAUGGUGCCAAGAAAUAUCUUGUGGAAUUGAGCUACAUUACAGCAGACGAAUCAGUGAUGGCUGUGUUCCAGUCUAUUAUGGUCGUACAGGCUGUUGUCCCAUUGACUGGCGGUGCCCGGAUGCCAGUGACUCUAUAGUUGCUAGUGUGAAUAUAACAUCAAAAAAUGCAGAGCACAAAUGCAAGUUUGGACAGUUGGAACUGAGAAUUGGUGACAAGUUGUCUGGUAUUUCCAACAGAUGUGUGCAUUGCAGCUGUGUAGUGCCACCAUUAGUGUCAUGUACACAGAAAACUCAUACAGAAUGUAGGGAGUGAUCUACAUGUAUGCAAUAUGUCUUAACAUUUUUGGUUAUAAUUCAUUUCAUAGAUAUCCACAUAUUUUCAUUACUAGAAUAUUAAUUUUAAAAAAAAGAAAACAUUGUUUCAGAAUUUGUAAUUUAUAGGUUAUAAACACAUUGCAGUAAGCAGCAAUAAUAGCAGAAACAUGCUUUAAUCAAAUACAGAAUUAAUAGAUAAGAUAAAAGUUCACAUAAAAUCUGUUUGUAAUAAAUAAUCCUCAAGUACAAAGAAGAUAUCACAAACACUAUAAAGUGUAUUAUUUUGAAUGGUAUUACAACAAACUUAAUAAAAUAACAGGAUUGAAAUUUAUUUUCUUUUGUAAGUAAAAUACAUGUUACAUAGGUUGACUGUUACAUAAACAUUUGCACUGUAA